CUAUGGUCAGGCUCCAUCCGUCUGUCUGAAGCACGCAGGAAACAAAACAUAACAUGGCAUCUACAAGGAAGUGCUGUCUUGAAAGAUGUCUGUACUUGUCGAUCUUACUGUUCUUAAUGUCUUGUGUGGAUGCUGCAUCAUUUCAAUAUUACCAAGACCCACAGCAGGACCAAGAUUACAGAAUGAAAAGUAUUCAGAGGCUUCCCAGCCCAGAUAUGUUAAAAGCUUUGGAAUACAUUGAGUCAAUCAGAAAACAAGCAAGCAGAACAGAGAGUAUACCAGACUAUAUAUCAUACCAAGGGGCACCAUUCCUCUCUGACCAGAAGGACACCAAUGCACAGGGAUUUUCACCAGAGAAUCCUAAAAUUGUCUCCACUGAUGAUGAACCUGAGUUGAUGAGAGCUGUACUUGAAGCCCUGAUGCAGGCUGAAAAAGACACAAAAUCUGCACCUCAAGAAAAAAAUAAGCCAUUCAGCAACAGUAUGGAUAAGAACAUUCCAGCUGAACUGCUUGAAGACUAUGAGUCAAAUAAGUGGCCUGAAAAAAAAACAAAAAGUGCAAAAUUUUCUGGUAGGUACUUUGAUGAUUAUUCUAGAGACAAUCCAUUCAAGCGUACCAAUGAAAUAGUGGAAGGUCAGUACACUCCUCAAAGCCUAGCCACUUUACAGUCUGUUUUCCAGGAGUUGGGAAAAUUAAAAAGUCAGACUAAUCAUAAAAAUGACAGGUUAGAAGACGACCAGAAGCUCUAUAAGGAUGAUGAGGAUGACAUGUAUAAAGCCAACAACAUUGCUUAUGAAGAUGUUGCAGGGGGUGAAGACUGGAAUCCUAUUGAGGAGAAGGUUGAAAGUCAAACAGAAGAAGAAGUAAAAGAAAGCAAAGAAGAAGUAGAGAAAACAGAUGAAAUGGAGGAAGAGAUGAAAAGGUCAGGAUUGCUUGGUUUACAAGAUGAGGAUUCAGAGAAAGAUAACAAGGAACUAGAAUCUGAGAAACUAUCAAAUUUGAUGAACUAUUACUUGAGGACAUGGAUGAAUAAGAUGGAAAAGGGUAAACAGAAUAAAGAGAAACGAUCUCCAAAGUACCCUGGAAAAUAUCUUGACUCUGAUGCAAUUUACCAGUUGAUAGAUAUAUCCAGAAAUUUACAAAUUCCACCAGAAGAUCUAAUUGACAUGCUGAGGGAUGAUGAUGGUAGAAAACUUGGAGGAAGGCUGGAAUCUGAAAAAGAAGCUGAUGUCCCUGAUGAUCUAGAUGAAGUUUCUGAAACUACUGUGGAUAAGACAGAUCUUUUUAGAAACAAAGCUGGAUAUAUUAAGCAGCCUGCAAGUGCUAUGCUGCCCAAUGUUCCUGAAGACCUGACAGUGGAGGAUAUGAUAAAUCUAAUGGGUGCAGAAAAGGUGUCAAAUCAAAAGCCUGUAUAUCUGAAUCAGUUCAACCAAAAUGAUGGCUUACCAAGAUCCCAUUCUAUGUUUGGAAAGUCUAAGGGACAUAAAGCUGCCUGGCUAAAUGAUUUAGAAAAGAGGCAAAUUGAAUAUGAGCCAAGAUCUGAUAAAGAGGAAGAUGUUGCAGAAUAUAUGGUUAAGAUGUUGUCCAGAUAUCCAGAGUUGUUGGGCAGCAACCCAAAUAGGAGACUAGGGGCCUCUUACACUCCAGAUGAGCUUCAGGAACUUGAAAAGCAGUAUGAAAAAGCUUUGAAGAGUUAUAUGAGCCUACGAGGGUUGCAAGAUUUAGACAACCUGCUCAAAGGCAACAGAAGGUUUUCAAUGGUCAAGGAAGGUGAUGACACACAGGGCAAACAAUAUGUAGAUGAGGACAUGCUUAUGAAAAUCUUGGAAUACUUAAACCAAGAAAAAGCAGACAAAAUGAGAGAUCAUGGUGUUAAAAGGUCUAUGGAAAAUAUGUAAUUUGUGUCCAUCAUUGAUCCUUCAAUUAUAAUUCUGUCUGUUCUUGGUCUGGCUUUGACUCAUUUGAGCAGAGCUAAAGUUCCUCUUCCACUGAAGGGGAUGAUCAUUUGAUGUCCCAGUUUAGGGGCACACAUUUACAUCAUUGUUUAAUGUUAAUUGCAUUAGUAAUAUUAAUUUUUCUUACCUAUUGAAUUCUCUGUAUAUAAUAUAUAGAGAUUCAAAGGAUUCUAUUGAAAAUAUCUUGGGGGAUCAGCUGAAGGACAUGAUUAUUUUGAAAUUCUUUUUUUUUACAGUAGAUACCAGUCUCAAAAUGAUUUUUGAACAGCUUGUUUAUAAAAUGAGUCUGUAUUGGAGUAUAUAGUAUUGUAAAAUAAUGAAAUUUGCAAUAGCUGCUCAUAAUAAACCCAAAUCUCUUGCAUACUUUGUUUCUGGCUAUUAUUAAUCCUGAGCCAUUUACUUUUCAUUUUGAUUUGACAACUACAUUUUUUUCACUAAUUCUCUAUCUUUAAAUAAAUAUUUCAGAAAUAAUUAUUUCUAAAAUUAUUAGUUUAGACCGGAAUAGUACAACUCAAGUACUAUCAAUUCAUCCAGUAGUAGGGUUAUCAUACCAAAGCAACAUUUUAGUUUACUAAUGUCGUUCCAGAAUGUGAGAACUCUUCUUAAGCAUUACUGAAUAUCAGACAGAAUUAGAUAUAGAAGAUUUGCCUACAAUAGCAUGUACAGUGAAAAAUUAAAAACAGAUGCUAUUUAUUGAAAAGUAGGAUACAAGCUCUAACCUAGGUACAUUUUCAUACCAUCUUGAGCUGUUCUUCCAAACAAUCAGACUCCUUCACCUGAACUCCCCCGCUACUUUUCCAGAUUGUUUACUUUGUUUUAUGAAUGUUCUAGCUUCACUUUAUUCCAGGGCUGUUCUGUUGUUUGUAAGUGUAUGUGGACUGUUGCCAACCUUGGCUACCAAGUCACACUCUAAUUCACCUGCUUCAGUUUUGGAAUACAUCAAACUGCAGAGUUCCUUAGAAUGCACAUUUCUUACUUUUCUCCUACUGUCCCUGAGAGUAAUGCCAUUUAUUGCUUUGUUGACUGGAUCCUUUAAAAUCUCACGGAACUAUUUUGUUACAGUUUGUUGUGUAUUGUGCUGUAAUGUAAAAAAAAUAAAGCAUUCUGUAUA